AUGCCUGCCGCUCGCUCAUCGAGGCUUACAAGUCGGCAGCUGUCGGCCGCACCCUAUUCUACGUCGAAGCACGCGCCCCCUGAUGACGCCGACAUCAUUAUUCUAUCUUCAGAUGACGAGUCGUCGUCGCACACCCCCAAGAAUUCACUACCGAAAAGACACAGGUCAAUCACGAAGCAGAAGGGAAAGGCCGUCAUUCCCCCCUCCGCAGAUAUCCUUGAGAUAUCCUCCUCCGAUGAGGCUCUUGCAAAGACCUGCAGAGCGAGCAUGUCGAGGGAUAGCAUUUCCUCGCUGAGGGCGCAGCUUAAGAAGGCUCACGAUGAAAUAGCCCGACUAAAGGCGGAAAGCCAAAAGAAGCAAGCCCAACAGACGCGCCCUAGUAUUUCGCUUUCUGAGCUGGAGGAGCUCGUUACGUGUGAAAUUUGCACGCUCAAGAUGUGGACACCAUAUACCCUCCCUUGUGGACAUACCUUCUGCCAACCAUGCCUCACAGACUGGUUCAAUACCACGCUCGCUCAGCAUAUUACCAACAACCCGCACUACAAUCCCGCCGUCGUCGCUGCCUUGCGCGCGACACUGAACGGCCCGAACGUCCCAGCGGGCCUGCGGCGUACGUACGAGGCGCAGAUUGCCCUCCUUGAACACCAGCAUCCCCCACCCAGCUACACAUGCCCCACGUGCCGUACGGUUUGCAGGACAAAGCCCGUUGAGGUCUACACGCUCAAGAGCGUCGUGCGCAAUGUCGCUGAUGCGCUCAGCGAGACAAGCCCGCAGAAGCGGACAUCGACGCCGGCAGCAAGGACGCGGAGCGGGGCUGUGCGCGCACCCGAAGGACCUUGGGACGGAUUCUUUCCUCGAGGCUAA